UCCAGUCUCAGCGCUCAACUCCGGCGAGGCUGGAGCGCGGCGCGGGGCUGGGCAGGGCGGGCUCCGCCGCCGGCUCCCGGGGCGCCGCUCCGCAGCGGAGGCGGCGGGGAAGCGGCACAAGUGCGCGGCGCCUCCGCUGCAUCUCGGCUUCUGAUGCCCCUUCGCGCCUGCACGCCAGCCCGGCGGCCGCGGCUCCGGGAGGAUGCGGCUCUUCCUCCUCGCUGCAACUUUCUGGGGAUUGUGCCUGGCUCCAGGUUCGGGUUUGCAAAUACAGUGUUACCAGUGUGAGGAGUUCCAGCUAAAUAAUGACUGCUCCUCUCCGGAGUUCAUAGUGAAUUGUACAGUGAAUGUUCAAGAUAUGUGUCAGAAAGAAGUAAUGGAAAAAAGUUUUGGAAUCAUGUACCGCAAGUCCUGCGCCUCCUCGGCCGCGUGUCUGAUCGCCUCCGCCGGCUACCAGUCCUUCUGCUCCCCUGGCAAGGUCAACUCCGUCUGCAUCAGCUGCUGCAACACUCCCCUCUGCAAUGGACCCCGGCCCAAGAAGAGGGGGAAUUCUGCUGUGGUGCCCAGAGCACACAUGACAACCACUCUUCUGCUCCUUAAAUUUGCUCUGUUGUUUUUGUACUGCUAAACUUCAACCAAGUUGGUUUGUUUGUUUGGUUUUUUCCCUGACACAAUUUGUUCUGCAUCCUUCUUUCUUCAAAGACGCUGCAAUUAUUUUCUGUUUGUUUCCAAAUCCCUGUCAAGAGCAAGGGAAGUUCAGUGGCUGUGUGGAGAAGAGGGGCUGAUAUUUUUGUCAGCUAAUGAGUUCAGUUAGCAGAUUGAAUUUCCAGUGUGCACUUAAAAAUCCCAGCAGGAUACAGACCUCCUGUUCCUUUUGCAUAACUGGAAACAAAUCCAUCCGUGUUAUUCCUUUUGCGAUGUUGUCACUUUCCUGGGUCAUUUCAAUUGCCAUGUUUUUAAGCUCAUUGCUAAGCAUUAACUUUGCCUUAGGA